AUGGCACCCGUCUCGCCGACCGUCGUGGUUCCGGACCAUCACGGGUUGCGCUAUUCACCCUAUGCAUUCCCAGAAGCGUCAAAGCUGACCGCUUCGAAUGCAGACGCUUCCUUGGACUAUAUUGCGGCGCUGCUCGAGACGCUCGUCUACGCAGCGCCUGCGUCGCGCCUCCCAGCGCGGAGCCAUCUUGCGCCGAACAGCCAGAGCGACAAAGUGUACCCGAUAUCGCUUGAUUUGCCUGCGCUCGAUCCGAAUUCCAAAGUCGAUGCGAUCCAGCAAAUGAUUGCCUCGCUCACACACAAACUCUGGGACGCGGAGGACCACGUCGACGCGGCGCAGUCGCCUGCGCGCCUGUCGCGCAUCCGUACCGAGAGCCGCGAGCUGAGCAACUCGCGCGUUGACCGCCGCAGCCUACCGUACCCCCUGUCCAAGGCGCAUCCUUUGAGCUCCGAGUAUCCUCUGAGCUUCCCGAUGGGCAUGGAGAACAACGAGCCGGUGAUUCUCUCGUGUCGCUCGCCUACCUCCCAUCCACAAUCGCCCAAGGACAAAGCAAGCGAUGAGAAUGUCACGCGCGCUGCAGCCAAGGCAGUCGGCGGCAAGCAGGUCGCGCCAGGCAUCGGCGAGGGCGGCUCGCUGCCUACGUCGCCCAGCUACAUUGCGAGCGAAAUUGACCCAAUGGAGAUGCUCGAGCGCUUCAACGAAGAGAGCGGCAUGAGCGCAGAAGAGGAAUUGCAUCUCCUCAAGGCACAGGUGCAGGACAUUGCACGCGUGUGUAAAGCCGUGGCGCUCGGCGACCUGUCGCAACAUAUCAUGGUGCCUGUGCAGGGGCAGGUCAUGGUCGAGCUCAAGGAGAUUAUCAACCAGAUGGUCGACCGUCUGAGCAACUUUGCGAGCGAAGUCACACGUGUCUCGCUCGAAGUCGGUACGCAGGGCAAGCUAGGAGGCCAGGCCGGCGUCGAGGGCGUCGAAGGCACCUGGAAAGAGCUCAAGGACGUCGUCAACCGUCUCGCCGAAAACCUCACGAACCAAGUGCGCGGUGUCGCGCUCGUCACCAAGGCCGUCGCGCGCGGCGAUCUCUCUAAAAAGAUCGACGUCCAGGCCGACGGCGAGAUUCUCGAGCUGAAGGUCACUAUCAACGUCAUGGUGGACCAGCUGCGCCACUUUGCAAACGAGGUCACCCGUGUCUCGCGCGAGGUCGGCUCGCAGGGUCGCCUGGGUGGCCAGGCGCACGUUCCCGGCGUCCAGGGCGUGUGGAAGGAGCUGACGGACAAUGUGAACCGCAUGUGUCUGAACCUCACCGAGCAGGUGCGCUCGAUCGGUAUCGUGACGACCGCCGUCGCCAAGGGUGACCUGACCAAGACGAUCGAGAUUGAGGCCGAGGGUGAGAUGGCGCAGCUCAAGGAUACGACGAACAGCAUGGUAAGCCAACUGCGUGUGUUUGCCAGUGAAGUCGUGCGUAUGUCGAUGGAGGUCGGUACCUAUGGCCGCCUGGGUGGCCAGGCGCACGUCCCGAACGUCGAGGGUAUCUGGAAGGACUUGACCAAGAGCGUCAACAAGAUGGCCGACAACCUCACGUCGCAAGUACGCGAGAUUGCGCGUGUGACCAAGUGUGUCGCCGAAGGCGUUCUCACCGAAUUCAUCACGGUCGAUGUCAAGGGCGAGAUUCUCGAGCUGAAAAACACGGUAAACAACAUGGUUCGGCAGCUCAAGACACUCUCAGACGAGAUCAUUCGUGUGUCCGUCGAAGUAGGCACCGAAGGUCGCCUGGGUGGCCAGGCGAACGUCGCCGACGUCAAGGGGCAGUGGCAGGUGCUCACUGAGCGGGUGAACAUGAUGGCCAGCAACCUCACGACGCAGGUGCGUUCCAUCGCGACGGUCAACACGGCCGUGGCGCGGGGCGACCUGAGCAAGACGAUCAACGUCGAGGUCCGCGGAGAGUUCCUCGACCUAAAGCUCACGGUCAACAACAUGGUAGAGUCCUUGCGUACGUUCUCGACCGAGGUAACGCGUGUCGCUACCGAGGUCGGCACCGAGGGACGCCUCGGCGGCCGCGCCACUGUGCUCGGCGUCGGCGGCACGUGGAAGGACCUCACCGACUCGGUGAACACCAUGGCAGCGAACCUUACGCUGCAGGUGCGUGCCAUUGCACACGCCACGACGGCCGUCGCGCGGGGUGACCUCACGCAAAAGGUCACCAUCUCGGUCUCGGGUGAGAUUCUCGACCUGGUCAACACGAUCAACAACAUGAUUGACCAGCUGUCCUUCUUCGCCUCCGAAGUGACGCGUGUCGCGCGUGAGGUGGGUACCGAAGGUAAGCUGGGUGUGCAGGCCCAAAAGAAGGACAUCAAGGGCAAGUGGGCAGAGAUCACCGACAAUGUCAACAUCAUGGCCAACAACCUCACGUCGCAGGUGCGUGCCUUUGCCCAGAUCACGGCUGCAGCGACCGACGGUGACUUUACGCGCUUCGUCACAGUCGAAGCAAGUGGUGAGAUGGACUCGCUCAAGACCAAGAUCAACCAGAUGGUGUACAGCCUGCGCGACUCGAUCCAGAAGAACACGGCUGCGCGUGAAGCCGCCGAGCUAGCCAACCGCUCCAAGUCCGAGUUCCUGGCCAACAUGUCGCACGAGAUCCGUACGCCGAUGAACGGUAUCAUUGGAAUGACCUCGCUCACGCUCGAGACGGACCUGUCGCGCAGCCAGCGUGAGAACCUCGUCACCGUGUCGACGCUCGCGGGCAAUCUGCUGGCCAUCAUCGACGACAUUCUGGAUAUCUCCAAGAUCGAGGCGGGCCGCAUGAAUGUGGAAGAAAUCCCCUUCAGCCUGCGCGGCAUUGUCUUUUCCGUGCUCAAGACGCUGUCGGUGCGCGCCGCGCAGAAAAAGCUCAACUUGGUGUACGAAGUGGCGCCCGACUGCCCCGACCCGCUCAUUGGCGACGCGCUGCGUCUGAAGCAAAUCAUCACGAACCUCAUCGGCAAUGCCGUCAAGUUUACCGAGAGCGGCGGACGCGUGGCGCUGCGCUGCAAGGUCAACUGGAGCGACGCAGAAAUGACCAUGCUCGAGUUCUGCGCGUCGGACUCGGGUAUCGGCAUUAAGCAAGACAAGCUCGACAUGAUCUUUGACACCUUCUGCCAGGCGGACGGCUCCACCACGCGCAAGUACGGCGGUACAGGUCUGGGUCUAUCGAUUUCUCGCCGCCUCGUUAACUUGAUGGGUGGUGACAUGUGGGUGCGCAGCCACUUUGGCAAGGGCUCCGACUUCUUUUUCACAAUGCUAGUCAAGCGCGACAAGUUCUCAAAGGAGCAGCUGUUCGACCGGAUGCGUCCGUACCUUGGCCGGCAUGUUUUCUUUUUGGAUACGGUGCGCGACGAGAGUGGUGUUGCGCAGAUGCUCUCGCGGCUGGGCCUGCGUCCGAUCCUCUUCCAUACGAUCGACGAGGCGCUGGCGCGGUCGCAGUCAACGUCGCGCAUCGAUGCGAUUGUCACCGACUCGCUUGCGGUCGUGUCUCAGCUGCGUGCGUCUGAGCAGCUGCGCUACAUUCCCAUUAACCUAGUCACGCCACAUGUCUUAUCGCUGAACCUCACCUUCUGUCUGGACUAUGGCAUUUCUUCUUACAUCAAUACACCCCUGUCUCUCGAGGAUCUGUACUAUGCGUUACUCCCCUCCCUCGAGAGUUCAGCUGCGACGCCAAACGAAGGAAACAACGAAAUCAGUUACGACAUCCUGCUUGCUGAGGACAACUUGGUCAACCAGAAGCUCGCCUGUAAGAUUCUCCAAAACCAGGGCCACCAUGUCGACGUCGUCGACAAUGGCGAGCUGGCCGUGUUUGCUGUCCAAAAGCACCGGUACGACGUUAUUCUAAUGGAUGUGAGCAUGCCUGUUAUGGGCGGUAUCGAGGCGACGAUGGCGAUCCGCGACUACGAAGACUCGGCGGGCCUGGCCCGCAUUCCCAUCAUUGCCCUUACCGCCCAUGCUAUGCUGGGCGACAAGGAAAAGUGCCUGCAAGCGGGUAUGAAUGCCUAUGUCAGCAAGCCCAUCCGACGCGUAGAGCUGGUCUCGACGCUCACUUCGCUCCUGUCGCACAAGUCGGGCGAGAGCGCGGAAAGCACAGCGAACGCAUAA